UGAGUAUUUGGUAAAUAAUAAAGGUUAGAAAAUGUAAAAUUUGAAGAGAGAAUUUUUGCUAAUUUGGUUCCACAAUGACCAUGAAACCCCUUUGAACCUUCAGCUUUUUGGCGUAAUACUUCAGCAAUAAUUUGUUAAACCCAUCUCCGAUUCUUCUUCUUUUUCAACAUUUCUUCAAUUAAAGUAUGCCAACGGGGAGCUUUUUCUCUGGGUAUAGGCUCAUUCAAGCAUUUCGCCGAACAGUUUCCAGCACUCCUUCAGCGGUCAGUACAAUCCCCUUCCGUUUCAACUUUCUAUGCACUCAAAUUCCCGGCAACUUGUCGCCGAACGUUUUAGAGUCUGAAUUGGAGGAACCCAAAUGCUUGUCUUUGAGAAUUGAGAGAAUACCGAAGGGAGAAUUGGUUGGGUAUGCUUUCAGGAGUUGGAUGGGCGAUGGUUUUCCAAUUCAUCGAGGCGACAUUUUUCAUGCCAUUAAUCGCCUUAGGAAGCUUGAAAGGAACAAGCGGGCACUCGAGGUUAUGGAGUGGGUGAUUAGGGAGAAACCAUAUCGGAUAAAUGAAUUGGACUACUCCUAUCUUUUGGAAUUUACAAUCAAACACCAUGGCAUAUCACAAGGUGAGAAGCUCUUUUCUAAUAUCCCUGUGGAAUUUCAAGGAGAGUUGCUCUUCAACAAUCUUGUGAUUGCAUGUUUAGAUAAGGGAGCAAUUAGACUUUCACUAGCUUACAUGAGAAAAAUGAGGGAAGUUGGCCAUAGCAUAUCACACUUAGUUUUUAACCGCCUUAUUAUACUCCAUUCAUCUUUUCGUCGUAGGAAAAUUAUCCCAAAAAUUCUUUCCCAGAUGAAGGCUGAUAAAGUGCCAUUGCAUGUUUCUACAUAUAACAUUCUUAUGAAAAUAGAAGCCAAUGAACACAACAUUGAAGGGUUGAUGAGGGUAUUUAGUGACAUGAGACGAGCUAAAGUUGAACCAAAUGAGGUGUCAUACUGCAUAGUAGCAACUGCACAUGCUGUGGCAAAGUUGUAUACCGUGGUUGAAGCCUACGUUGAGGCUUUAGAAAAAUCAAUCGCUGGGAAUAAUUGGUCGACCUAUGAUGUUCUAAUCAUCUUGUACGGCUAUUUGAACAAGGAGAAAGAGCUAGAAAGGACUUGGGGUAUCAUACAAGGAUUUCCCCACAUCCCGUCUAAAAGUUUUAUACUGGCAAUUGAAGCAUUUGGCAGAAUUGGUUUACUAAGCCGCGCUGAAGAGCUCUGGCUAGAGAUGAAAACCAAAAGAGGAAUUAAAGCCACCGAUCAAUUCAAUUCGAUUUUAUCUGUCUAUUGCAGACAUGGGUUGAUUAAAAAGGCAACAGAAAUAUUUAGGAAAAUCGAAGCAAAUGGGUGCAAACCAAAUGCCAUAACCUUUCGACAUCUGGCUUUCGGUUGCUUGAAAGCUGGUUUGGUGGAGGAAGCCUUGAAAACACUAGAUCUGGGAUCAAAUACAACAAGCAGCACCAAGAUAGUUAGGAAGUCAACCCCAUGGUUGGAAACCACUCUUUCAAUGAUUGAGAUUCUGGCAGAGAGAGGAGACAUUGAAAAUACUGAAAAGCUAUUCAAGGAACUCAAAGAAGCAAAGUAUACGAGGUACACAUUCGUUUACAACACCUUGAUCAAAGCUUAUGUGAAGGCCAAGAUUCAUAAUCCAAAUCUCUUGAGAAGGAUGAUCGUAGGAGGAGCUAGGCCUGACUCCGAAACCUACAGUUUGAUCAAACUUUCUGAGCAGUUUCAAAGCUAAAAGAGUUUGAACCAUUGAUACAAUUUCUACAGUCGGUCAUUGGUCAAUGAUCAAGAAGUCUAAUGGUAGUCACCUACCUAAGUUUUGAUACCUUAAGAGUUUCUUUGGAUUGGAUGAUGAUAUUAAUAGCUCAAACAAUAGGUAAUGUUGUUAUGAAUGAUCCAAACUUCACCUCUGCUAGAUUCUUAUUACUCUGUCAGACGUCGGCAGUCAAUCAAUAAGCUGUGGGUGAGACCUCUAGCCAACUUGCCUGACAAGUGGUUGAUUAACAGGUGGUAACCCCACCCUGAACCACAAUGCAGACUUCUUAAAGUCCAAGAAAGAAGUCAAAUCUCAAAAGUAAGUUGCCAUUGACUUUGCUUGGAUGAGGGGAUAUUAUAAUCUUUGUCCAUGACUUGGGAGUUGUUUGGUUUCUGAAUUUCACAAAACCUGAGAAGAAAAGACACCCCAUUUCCCUCUCUGUCUUCAUCUGCUGUAUUUUUCAACUCAUCACAUCCUGAAAAUGGAAUUUUUAUUGGACCAUCAUAUUUAAGCCUCAAAAAACCACAAGAUGAAGUUUUAGAGGGCCAAGGGUUUACUGAUAAUCACAAUAAAGUAAAGAAUGAAGAUUGGGACGGAGUAAUUUGCUUUUAGAGAAAAUGUGUGAUUCAUGAGUGUAGAUCAUAACAGGAUGGUGAUUAAAUGAAUAUAUCUCAAUUGAGGUCCUUUCUUGUGAAUGUUUUUGCAAAAGAAGGCUGGGGAGGAAGGGCUGUCCUACAGAGGGAGGGCCUUUGAAAGGGAAAUAAAAAGGAAGAAGAAAAAGUAAAGGGAGUAAUUAGCAAACAUGUUGGGUCCCUUCUUCUCGUGACAUCAUUUUCUCAACUUGGUUGAAGAAAAGAGACAAUUAUUUAUUUAAUAAGAACUAACGUUGUAGUCCAUGUUCUUCGGAUUAUUUUAUUGAACCAAAAUUUCAAUUUAAAGAUAUUUCAUAUGAA